AACCUAGACCUUGCCUACUAUUGAAUACGUAGACUUAACUUGUGUCAACGACAGCGUAGUCUCAGAAGAGAAACCGAGAAACGAGGUAAUCUAACGUCGAACUGAGAGCGCUUUGAGUGUCGAUUGCUUGCUUUCUCUAUAUUCUGGCCUUAGAGUGUCAUUUUCAAGGCGUUCAACAAUGGUUGCGAAGCAAAGGAUUCGUAUGGCUAAUGAAAAGCACAGCAAAAACAUCACACAGAGAGGCAACGUAGCAAAAUCGACGAAGAGCAACUCUGAUGACAAAGUUUCUGUGGGACCAUGGCUUCUGGCUCUCUUUAUCUUUGUUGUUUGUGGAUCAGCAAUUUUCCAAAUCAUUCAGAGCAUACGCAUGGGCAUGUGAAGUGAGAGGACCAACAAUGAUUCAACAUUCCAAAAUGUCAUCCAUUCCAGCAUGCCCAGGAGGGCUCAAUGACUAUGAAGUGAUUUAGCUAAGAUCCUUGUACCCAUGGAGAUCAAUCUCCUGUUUGUGCCUUAAGACAUACACAGAAUAACUUCCAAAGAGCCAUACAGUUGCAUUCCAAUUCCAGUUAAGACUGUCUGAUUUGAUUUAAUGGCACUGGGUUGCAGUAGGAGCUGUUAAGACUAUAUUUUGGGAUUCAGGGUGUAAUGCUCAAAUUCUGUAACCGUAUAAUGUAAUUACCUACACUUGCUUUUUCCUCUCAUGAAACAUAUGAUAUGACCAGAUUUGCACAGGUCUAAAUGAGCUUUAGCCUAGAAGAUGACUAGAGUAUACUAUAAGCACACAGAAUGUUCUAAUUUAUGUAGCUUAUGUAGGUUUAGCUUGGUUAACUUUCUUGUAACAUUGACAAAUGAAAGCCACUUGUUUUAACUGCUUUGUACAGAUGCUUCUGGGCAGAGAUAGCCUAUGAAUAGGCCUGUUUCUUGAGGGAGUGAAAAUGAAUAAUAAAUCAAAGUGGCUAAUGAAGGAAAAUAAAUAAAGAUGCCAUUUUAAAA